AUGGUGAAGUCCGAAAAGCCCACUUCGGUUGCACCAUGGGAAUGUUUGUCGCAGGCGAUGGAAAAGCUAAGAAAAUAUGUGGAAUCUCUUGAAAAAAAGAACGCUGAUAUGAUAGCAGAAAGGGAACAUUUAAAAAAGCAGAACGCUGAUUUGUUGGCAAAAAUGGAACAGCUGAAAAUAGAAGACCCAGCAAAUCACGAUAGAGAGGUGAAAGAGAUUUAUGAGCGAUACGGCCAAUACCCGAACGUGUUCUUGAGCGAAGUGGAGAGACUUCUUCUCAUGAAUAAUCUUUCACAAUGGAUGAAACCGUGGACAGAGAGAGACAAGGAAAUUACAGAUUCAAUUGAAAAGUAUUUCUUCGAAUAUUACGAACCCAAGGAAACGCCAAAAGGAAAGCCAAGCGUUUGGUCUACUGUGAGGGAGAAAGCCACAGAGCGAUCGGCAUCCAUAAGAGGAAAAUGGUUAUCAGAAUCAUCCACGAUAAAGUACCCUGAAAAAGGGGAGAAGAAUUAUUGCUAUUGA